AUGGUGUCUCUGUUCGAGCUGAUGCUGGCCAACUGGCCUCCGAUCUGCCGGAUGAUGAUGGAAACUAUGCAUGAGUUCUGGUCGGUCUUUGCAUUGGGCUACAAAUUGUUUAUGGGCGUCGCUGUGAUCGGCGUGAUCAUGGGCGUGUUCACUCAGGAGACGUUUCGGGCUGCUGAUACCGAUGACCAGAUCAUGAUGAGGAGGAAGGCGUUCCAAGCAAGAACGCAACGUCUAAAGAUGAAGAAACUGUUUGAGGGGAUGAUCAGCUACAACGAGAAUGUGGACGUGACGAUGUUCGACAGAUUCUUGAAAACUCCAGACAUACGGUUCUGGAUGCAAGCGCAAGACUACGACGUAAAUGAUGCGAGUUUGCUUUUCUAUUUAAUCGAUAAGGACGGCGACGGUACCCUCACAGUCGACGAGCUCAUCGAUGGGAUGGCAGCAUUGAAGGGCGCUGCCCGUAAUCUCGAUGUCAAGGUUCUGAUGCGGCAAAGCCGCUUCGGCGCCUUGCAGGGGCAGCUAAAGCGCAGCAAUUCCAGAAUGUCGGCCAGGGACUCCCUCAGGGUAGUCCAGUCAAGCUUCGACUAG